AUGUUCCGCCUAUGCCUAACUUCCUAUGCUUUGGAAGCCCUUGGUAUGGGACAGGAGCUGGCCGGUAGCCCGGUCAACGUCACAGUGACGCCGCUGGAUGCUACGAGCAUUCUCCUGCGUUGGGACCCUUCCACGGUUGGCGACUGCAUUUUUGCGUCUUGGGAGGUCCGAUGGCGAGCUGAGACGGGAGGCGCACCGCCCUGGGAAGAUGCCACACUGUGCCAGGAUCUUACAGAGCGGAACUACACCGAGUGCAUCAUCGAUGGCCUCACCGCAGGUGAGUCCUACUCCGUCACUGUCGCAGAAACCUGCACAGAUGUCCGGACAAGCAGUCUCGCGCGGCAGACGGAGAUAUUUCGAUGGAGUGAGGUUGGCGUCUGGGACAUUUACCUUGGUGCAAACCCGACGAUGUCCACACUGGUCUCCACCUUGUCUAGCGAAGUGGCGAGCUGCGAGGUCAUCACUACAUGCUGCAGCGAUGAGUUCUCCAUCUGCUACGGCACCACCGCGGCAUUUAAGCUCGGGGCGAACAUCGUCCGGACCGAUGAGACAAGCGGUUGCCGCCUCGGCUGGGUGGGCUUUGAUUGGGGCUUAGUGGGUUCCAGAUCUUCCGUUCCAGCAGCUGUCGCCAUGGCGUUUCGGUUGCUUCUGAGCUUCGAGCUCGCUUUGCUCGCGGUGGCGAGGGUGGACUUCGGCAAGAAGUACGAAGCUGGCGAGGAACAAGAGCGUUUCGCUGCUUUCAAGGAGAACUACGAGUAUAUCCUCCAGGAGAAUGAGAAGGGCCAUUCCUACAAGCUCGGCCUGAACCCCUACUCGGAUCAAAGCUCAGAUGACUUUCUGCAGGGCCGUCUGGGACUGCGGAAGCCGCAGAGACAGUCCGGCUCGCGCCAGACUCACGUGCCCAAGCUUCCGAAGAGCGCACUUCCGAGCUCCGUGGACUGGCGCACGAAAGGAGUGGUGACGGCGGUGAAAAAUCAGCAGCAGUGUGGCUCUUGCUGGGCCUUCAGCGCCACUGGAGCCCUCGAAGGAGCGUGGGCGCUUUCAACCGGGUCUUUGAUCUCGCUGUCAGAGCAGCAGCUUGUCGAUUGCUCCGGAAGCUUCGGCAACGAGGGCUGCGACGGCGGCGAGAUGGAUGAUGCCUUCGACUACGACGAGCAGACGGCUCUCUGCACCGAGCAGAGCUAUCCUUACAUCGCUGAGGAUGGUAACUGCAAGGCCUCCAGCUGCACAGUGGGAAUUCCCGCCCACAGCGUGACCAACUAUGUGGAUGUACCAGCCGACAAUGAGGCGGCACUGAUGGACGCUGUGGCGCAGCAGCCGGUCUCCGUUGCCAUCGAGGCGGACAGGCGUGCCUUCCAGAACUACCAGAGUGGUGUGCUCAGCAAGAUCUGCGGCACCAGGCUUGAUCAUGGAGUCCUGGUCGUGGGAUAUGGCAGUGAGGGCGGCAUGGAUUACUGGCUCGUUAAGAACAGCUGGGGCUCUUCCUGGGGUGAGGAAGGCUACGUGAAGCUGGAGCGUGGAAAGCCCGGCGCUGGCGAGUGCGGCAUCAAGUCUGAGGCUUCCUAUCCGGUCGUGUCUGGCUCGCCCUCGCCAUCUCCGCCACCAUCUCCACCGACACCAUCAGCUGGACACUACGGCCGCCCUCCUUGUCGCAGCGACGAGUCGCCUUUUGAGGUGGUCGGCAAGGGCACCAUUUGCACACCAAACUGCGAGAACGGCUGUCCGUCCGAUGUGCCGACAGGUACCACGGCGCGUCCCAGCUGCAUGGACGGUGACUACUGCGCUCUGCGCUGCAUGGUGGGCGGCUGCCCUCCUGGCGCCCGAUGCAUCCACAACGCUGGCUUGCUGGGCAUGUGCAUUUACCCAGACCAGGAGGUGGUGGUCUAA